AGGUGUGGGUGUGGGUGUGGGUGUGGGUGUGGGCGGUGUGGGUGUGGGGUGUGGGUGUGGGUGGAUUUUAAUACAACAUACAGAGCCAUAGUUGCAUCCGUCCCGACGCCGACAUUCGUACUCACACUCUUACCCACACCCACACCCUCACCCAUAUCAAAUUUCUCUUUUCAACAUGUGAAAUUUCUUCUUCAUCUCAAUAGAGAAUUGAUAAACUCGAAAUACAUGUUUUUUUCAGCCUAGAAAGUUUUCUUUUCUUCCAAUAUCUUGAUUAAACAUCUACUUCAAUAUAACACGUAAUUAUGAUUAUAACAUGGAAUCUAGAUUUACAUGAGUGAAUUAUUAUUUAGUAUUGAAAAGUUUGUCAUAUAUUUACUAACAAUAUUGAAACAAAUUAGUUUGUGGAGAAAUUUAACCUUUAUCAUUUUAAUAUCUGUCGUUAUUUAUCCAUCUAUGCCGAAUAAAUAUUUGAAGUUAUCCAUAUCCACGGUUGCGCCGCUAUACUUUCAGAUUGUUGUUCGAAAAAUCUAGCCAACCUUAUCUUAGUUCUUGGAACUUUCCGUUUCCUUAUUGAGAGAAGUUUGCAAGCUUGAGUCAACCUUUUGAAGUCUGAGUAAAGCAAACGAAGUAAGGAUGCUUGAAACGUAUCAAAAUUGGAUAGUUCGUUUAUUCAAUUAAUUUUUUCAGUCUAUCAUGAAUAUAGUGAGAAUGAAUUUCGAUGUUCGAAUGAUCGAUAUAUUUCACAAUAAUAUUUUGAAAAUAAUAUUUAAUAGAAUUCGAAAGUUUACACAAAUGUUUUUUUUUCCGUAAUAGUAUGCUAUGCGAUGGUGAUUGUGGUAGAGGUGAUACAGUAGCUUCUCGAAUAUUUUUGAAUGAAUACUUUAAAUGUUGCUCUGAUCAUUAAAUAAGUAAUACAGAUGUUUUAUCGGUGUUCUUUUUUUCUUAUUGAGCUUUAAUAAAAUAAUUCGACUUUAGAUAAUGAUUGCCUCGAUUACAAAUAAUCAAUAAGAAAGAAAGAGAAUAUCAACAUAUAUUAUAUAAUUCUCUAUUUUUAUUUAGUGAUAAAACAAUUAAAUCAUGCCAAACAGUACCUUGUCAUUCAAUCAAUCGUUUUCAGUAUUAAAGAAUCAAUAAAAUCUGAAUAUGUUACAUUAAACUAUUGUUCACAAAUAUGUUUUUAUAUUACAGCUGACUUUCAAUCAAGUACAGUUAAUAGAUUGAAUCGUUAUUCAACAAGUAGUACUCAUUUUUGAUUCCUUAUCAGUAAACUUUCAACGUUAAUGUAAUUACAAGAUAUUGAGUAACAGAAAUUUUAUUAGGAAAAAUUAUUUUUAGUGUAUAUAUUGCUUCUUUUUAUCGUAUAUUUUGAAUUCUAAUAGAAUAUCUUUCAUUAAAUAUAUAAAAUUAUUCAAUUUUGUCUUAUAUUCUCUUAACAUCAAUUAAUGUACAUGAAAAUGCAAUUAUUCAAUUCAGUUCCAGAGACCCAUAGUUACUAAACUUUUCAAAGAUUGUUCUAGCCUUCUCAAAAUCCCUCUGUGUAAUAUAAACAUGAACUAGGCUUACUGAACAUCUCAUGUUAGUCGAAGUUAAUGCUUAUACUAAAAUUAAACAAGGGUAUGUUUAAUGUUAAUAACUUGACAAUAGUAACCGAUAAUGACUCAUGGCUUUCAGAAAUCAAAAGACAAGAUUCCAGAUGUCUUUUUUUGCCCAAUACUGUAUAAGACAAAAUUCUUUUAUACCCUAUCAUCUUUGUGAAACAUUCAAAAAAAAACGAUUUAUGUCAUCAUAUCUCAUAUCGCAAUGAUAAGAAAACAAAAUCGAAUAUUGAUUUGAUCAAAUUGUAUUGAAUUCUGGCGAGUUUUCACUUUGAGUACAUAAUAUUUUUCUUUGAAUUUUGAGAUAAGAACAAAUAUUUUUAUUUAUCACUUUUUAUACAGAUCAAACAAUUGAUCUUCUAAUAUCCGAAGUAGAUGAAAUUUGUCGUUUUCUUCGAAAUUUCACAAAAAAUGUAUUAAAUUAUGGUGUAUUUAUGGAAGAUUAACAUGAUAGUAAUAUCGUUUUCAAAAUAGAAUUUUGAUAGGAAUGAGAUAAAGAGCUACAGAUUUCACCAUUCGACAGAGCAAUGUCCGAGCCAUCGAUCUGUAUAGAACUCAUUACGACGAAACAUAUUUUUUUUAUAAGCAUCUUCUGAUCAACACUUUUUCCUUUGCGUAUUUUCAUCAAUUUUCACAAUGAUGUCAACUCAAAUUAUGUCAAUAUGUAGCUCAAAUCACACUUUUUUCGCUAUAAAAUUAUCACAAUUUUCAUUAUCUCUCAACCACUUAUUGUAAAUGGAUUUAAAAAAAUAAAUGUUAACUUCAGAACGAAAAAAGUGUGAUUCAAGUUACAUUUUGACAUAAUUUGAGUUGAGAUUAUUAUGAAAAUUGAUGAAAAUACGCAAAGAAAAAAGUGUUGGUCAGAAGAUGACUAUAAACCUAUCAACAGUUAUUCAAAAAAUACUUAGGGGUCUUUUAUUUUGAAAUCGCUGUUAGUUUUAUUUUUAUUGACACAAAUAAACCUAUGUUCCAUUGGAUUGGUCAAAAUCUUCAUGUAAAUGAUUUUAUUUAUGGUUGUAUAUGGGUUUUUAAAAAUGAUGAACAUCAUGCAACUCAAUUAAUAACUGUUACUGUUAAUCAUAUGGUUGGAAUACUUUAUUUUAUUAAUUAUGAACAUGAAGCUAUUGAGAAUCCUAAUGAACGUAUUAUUACUAUUGAAUCAGCUUUUAUGAAAGGUGAAAAUAGGACAAUACUAAUUGAUAUAGAUAUAAUGCAUCCAACUGUUGUAGUUAUGGAUUUUUAUCGGAUAGAUGAAAAAAAUAUUCUUUAG